GCCGCACAGGUGGACGACUGAGGGAGUUUCUUUGUGUCGUAUUAAUGCAUCACUUUCCUGAUGGCAAAUCAGAACAAACUUUCAUAAACGCUUUUCGGGAAUCCAUUGUUAUUUAAUCAGGGAACAAUGGCUUAAAUGUUAGACUUCCCAGAUGUUCGAAACAGAUAGUAAAGUUUUGCUUUUACCCCUGUAAGUGCCUGUUGCCAUGGCUCUGUCGGAGUUGUACACCAAGUUCAAUAGAGUGUGGAUUCCGGAUCCAGAAGAUGUCUGGAAAUCAGCAGAGAUUUUGAAAGAUUUCAAGCCUGGAGAAAAUGUUUUAGACCUGCAGCUGGAGGAUGGUACGGAAUUAAAAUAUCCUCUCGAAUUGGGCGAUAAGGACCUGCCUCCUCUCCGAAACCCCGACAUCCUAGUGGGGGAGAAUGACCUCACUGCUCUCAGUUACCUCCAUGAGCCGGCCGUCCUGCACAACCUCAAAGUGCGCUUUGUGGACUCCAAAAUCAUCUACACCUACUGCGGUAUUAUCCUUGUGGCCAUUAACCCAUACAAACAGUUGCCAAUAUAUGGAGAUGCCAUUAUCCAUGCUUACUCUGGGCAGAACAUGGGCGACAUGGACCCUCAUAUAUUUGCUGUGGCAGAGGAGGCUUACAAACAGAUGGCCAGGAACAGUAAGAACCAGUCGAUCAUCGUGAGUGGGGAAUCGGGAGCAGGGAAGACAGUGUCGGCCAGGUACGCCAUGAGGUAUUUCGCCACGGUUAGUAAAUCCAGCAGCAAGACGCGUGUGGAAGACAAGGUCCUGGCGUCAAACCCCAUCACAGAGGCCAUUGGUAAUGCAAAGACUACAAGGAAUGACAACAGUAGCCGUUUUGGGAAGUACACUGAGAUCAGUUUUGAUAGGAGGAAUCAGAUCAUUGGAGCAAACAUGAGAACAUACCUUCUGGAAAAAUCCAGAGUAGUUUUUCAGUCAGAGAACGAAAGGAACUAUCACAUAUUCUAUCAGCUGUGUGCUUCUGCAGACCAGCCAGAAUUCAAGAAUUUCAGACUGUUGAGUGCAGAUGAGUUCAGGUACACCAGUAUGGGAGGUAACACAUACAUAGAUGGAGUUGAUGACAAAGCUGACAUGAAUGAAACUCGGAGAACUUUCUCAUUGCUUGGAUUAAAAGAGGAUUUUCAGAUGGAUGCAUUCAAAGUGUUGGCAGGGAUUCUACACUUGGGAAAUGUGCAAAUUAAAGCUGUCGGUGAUGACAAGUCAUCUGUCAGUUCCAGCGACAGGCACUUGGCCCAGUUCUGUGAGCUGCUGGACGUCAGUGCUGAGAGUGUCGCGCGCUGGCUGUGCAGUAGGAAGAUCGUCCUUGUCUCGGAGACUGUGGUCAAGCCCAUGACCAGGGACCGUGCCAUCAAUGCCCGGGAUGCCCUCGCCAAGCAGAUCUACGCCCACCUGUUUGACUGUGUCAUCGACAAGAUCAACAGGGCUCUGAAGUUCCCCGGAAAGCAGCAUUCGUUUAUUGGAGUAUUGGAUAUUUAUGGCUUUGAAACAUUCGAAGUCAACAGUUUUGAACAGUUUUGCAUUAACUAUGCAAAUGAAAAGCUACAGCAGCAAUUUAACCUGCAUGUGUUUAAAUUGGAGCAAGAAGAAUAUAUGAAAGAGGACAUUCCCUGGACAUUAAUUGAUUUCUAUGACAACCAACCUGUCAUUGACCUCAUUGAAGCUAAGAUGGGCAUUUUGGAUCUGCUGGAUGAGGAGUGCCUGUUUCCACAGGGGACAGACCAGAAUUGGCUACAGAAGCUAUAUAACAACUAUGUGGACAAGAACCCUCUUUUUGAAAAGCCAAGGAUGUCCAACGAAUCAUUUGUGAUUCAACACUUUGCUGAUAAGGUGGAGUACAAAAGUAAAGGCUUCCUUGAGAAGAACAGAGACACAAUGUAUGAAGAACUGGUUGAUGUAAUGAGGGCUAGUAAGUUUCACCUUCUUGCAAACUUCUUCCAAGAAGAAGAACCAACAUCUCCGUUCUCUAAAAGCAUUAAGAUCAAACCAGCCAGGUCAGGGUUGAAACCAACCAACAAGCAGCUCCGAACGACAGUGGGCAAUAAGUUCCGCAGCUCUCUGUAUCUGUUAAUGGAAACUCUCAAUGCCACAACGCCUCACUAUGUACGGUGCAUAAAGCCCAAUGAAGACAAGCUUCCAUUUGAGUAUGACUCGAAGAGAGUGGUGCAACAGCUGAGAGCCUGUGGAGUUUUAGAGACCAUUCACAUAAGUGCCCAAAGCUACCCAUCCAGAUGGACAUAUAUAGAGUUUUACAGUCGCUACAGCAUACUGAUGACACAGCAAGAGCUUGCUCUGAGUGAUAAGAAACAGACAUGCAAGAUAGUGCUUCAAAGGCUCAUUCAGGACUCCAAUCAGUACAAGUUUGGUCGCACAAAGAUCUUUUUCCGCGCGGGACAGGUGGCAUACCUGGAGAAGCUGCGGUCAGACCGACUGCGAGGGGCCUGUGUCACGAUUCAGAAGCACCUCCGCGGCUGGAUACAGCGCAAGAGGUUCCUACAGAUGAGGGAGGCUGCAAUCGUCAUCCAGCAGUAUGUGCGCGGGAAGAGGAAAGUGAGGCAAACAGUAACUGCCGCUACUCUGAAGCGUGUCUGGGCAGCCAUCAUUAUCCAGAAGUACUGUCGAGGUUUCCUGGUGCGCCGGGUCUACCAGCUGGUACAGGUUGCCACGGUGACUAUCCAGGCCUAUGCUCGAGGAUGGCGCGCACGGACACAGUAUAAAAAGCUGGUGGAGGAACAGAAAGCUGUCAUCCUACAGAAGUACGCCCGAGCCUGGCUGGCCAGACGCCGGUUCCAGAGUAUCCGCCGCCUGGUGCUCAAUGUGCAGCUGUCUUACCGAGUGCAGCAGCUCAAGAAGAAGCUGGAGGAUCAGAAUAAAGAAAACAAUGGACUCCUUGAGAGGCUUACUGGUCUGGCCAGUGCACAUGCACAAGAUGUUGACAAGCUGCAGAAGCUUGAAGCAGAUCUUAAGAAGAUGGCUGCUGAGAAAAAGACUUUUGAAGAGGGAAUGAAGAGAUCAAAGGCGGAAGCUAAUCAGUUAAUUAUUCAGCUCGAAGCCCAGAACAAUAACCUUCUUCAAGAGAAACAAAACCUGGAGAAGAAACUACAGGAUUCGAUUAAGGAAAUGAAAGAUGAUGCUGAUCAGCUUAAGGAAAAAUUCUUGGAAGAGCUUGAAAGAGAGGAGAGACAAAGAAAGAUCCUGGAAAAUAGCUUUGAGAUACAAAAGGAAGAAUAUGAAAAACGCAUUGAGACUAUGAAGGAAGAGAUAAAGUGCCUGCGAGAGGAGAAGAUCAUGCUCCAGGAGCAAGCUCAGGAGGAGCUCCAAGUCAAAAGCCACCUGCAGCAGCAGGUUGGAGAGCUCGCAAAGCAACUCAAGGUAAUACCAGAGUUGAAAAAGGAGAUUGGUAACCUUGAAACAGAGAAACAACAUCUGGACAGACAGAAGAAGGAACACAUGAAUGAAGCAAGAGCAAAAAUAUCUGAGGUGACCAAACAGCUUCUGUCAGGAAUAAAAGAGGAAGAGUUUCUCUCCAGGUUAACAACCAAGGAUCUUGAGCAGAUAAAUGAAGAAGGCGAGUUGUUGUUUGCCUACGAGGGUCUAAGGAAAGCUACAAGGGUGAUAGAGACUCAUGCCCAGGCACAGAAGGAAAGUUAUGAGAGUGAAAUCGAGUCCCUCAGGUAUCAGAUUGAACACUUCCAGAAUGAGAACAAUGAACUUCAAAAACUGUUCCAAGAGGGGAACAAUGUGAAUGCCAGCAUUCAGCAAGAGGUUGCCAGGCUUGCUUCUGAAAAUAUGGUAAUUCCCCAAUACAAACAGCAGAUCUCGGAGCUUCAGCGGCAAAAGCACGACCUCGAGGACCGUUUGAAAGACCAGGCCAUAGAAAUGAGAGAAAAAAUGGAGGAGAUCUCAAAUGAGUUGCGCAGUAGUUUGGAAGAUGAAAGUGCACAGUGCAGGCUUUUGCAGCUCCAGCUAGAAGCCUACGAGAAGGAGAAGCAGGAGCUUUUGGACAGGAUAGCUGAGAAAGAGGAUGAGAACACCCAGCUAAAGAAACAGUACCAGACAGAGAGUGAAACCAAAAACAGGCUGAGACAGGAGGCAUCCCGCCUGAUUGCAGAGAACAUGGACUUUGAAGAACAAAUUGAUCUCAAGGACAGAUUAAUAAAGAAGCUUCAAAACCAGAUUCAAGGACUUCGGUCACCGGAGAAAGUCAAUCCAGUCCAAGCACCGCCUGUUCCCAAAGAAUACCUCGGAAUGCUAGAAUUCAAGCAAGAAGAUGAAGGAAAAAUCAUUAACAACCUUAUUCUAGAGCUGAAGCCCAGAGGUGUGGUAGUGAACAUGAUUCCAGGUCUGCCAGCACACCUCCUGUUCAUGUGUAUAAGACAUGCCGAUUACCUCAGUGAUGCCACCAAGCUCAAGUCCUUAAUGAAUGCCAUCAUAAGUGGCAUUAAAGUCGUCAUUAAGGAUCACCAGGAGGAUUUCGAGAUGCUGUCUUUUUGGCUGUCUAAUUCUUGUCACAUGUUGAACUGUCUGAAGCAGUACAGUGGAGAGGAGGAAUUAAUGAAACACAACACUCCACGCCAGAAUAAGAACUGCCUGAGAAAUUUCGACCUGUCUGAGCACAGGCAAAUUUUCAGCGACUUGGCCAUCCGUAUCUACCAUCAGUUUAUUUCGGUCAUGGAGAACUGCUUAAUGCCAAUGAUAGUACCUGGAAUGCUGGAACAUGAAAGUCUUCAGGGCAUUUCGAGCAUGAAACCCACGGGUCUCCGCAAGCGUUCAACCAGCAUCUACGAGGACAUGGAAGUCUACACCAUCUCCUCCAUCCUCCAGCAGCUCAGCUACUUCCACAGCACCAUGUGUCAGCACGGCAUGGACGCCGAGCUCAUGAAGCAGGCCGUGAAGCAGCUCUUCUUCCUCAUUGGAGCGGUCACCCUGAACAGUAUAUUCCUCCGCAAAGACAUGUGCUCCUGCAGGAAGGGCAUGCAAAUCAGAUGUAACAUUAGUUACCUGGAAGAAUGGCUUAAGGAGAAGAGCCUGCAGAACUGCAAUGCUAUAGACACUAUGGAGCCUCUUUCCCAGACAGCAUGGUUACUCCAGGUCAACAAAUCAACAGAUGAUGAUGCCAAGGAAAUCUGUGAGCGAUGUUCUGGGCUUUCUGCUGUGCAGAUUGUCAAGAUUCUCAACUCUUACACCCCUAUCGAUGAUUUUGAGAAGCGGGUGGCACCAUCAUUUGUACGCAAAGUACAGUCUUUACUGCAGGGUCGUGAAGGCACAUCUCAGCUCAUGCUGGACACCAAGUAUCGCUUCCAGGUCACUUUCCCGUUCAGCCCCUCCCCACAGGCCCUGGAGAUGAUCCAGAUUCCCAGCAGUCUUAAACUGGGCUUUUUAACCAGGAUCUGAUGGCUGUAAACCAGCAGACCUGUAUAACCCAGUAAUGGAUCUCUCUGC